UGUGUACAGUAUUUAUGUGUUGUCCUGCAGGGCUGACGGCUGCAGCGAUGGCCGAGGCUAUGAAGCUGCAGAAGAUGAAGCUGAUGGCCAUGAACAACCUCCACGGAGCCGGCAGCCAGAACGGGACCGAGUCAGAGAACGACGAGCUCAACUCCAACGCAGGUCAGAGGCACAGCGACCACUACGGUGAGCUGGCCCCUCUCUGUCACAUCACCAAUGAUAAUGAUGAUGAUAAUGAUGCUGCUGAUAACCAUUACAGAGAGGCAGCAGGCUUUCCUGGCGUUCUGUCCAGCGGAUCGGUGAAACACUGCCGUGCAAGACUGGACCUUCCAUUCAUGAUGAUGCCCCACCCCCUGCUGCCCGUCGGCCUGCCCCCUGCGUCUGUUGCCAUGGCAAUGAACCAGAUGAACCACCUGAACACCAUCGCAAACAUGGCCGCUGCAGCUCAGAUGCACAGCCCCUUGUCCAGAGCAGGAGCGUCUGUCAUCAAGGAGUGUGUCCAGGACAGCCCCUCUCCGGCGCCCUCCAUGGAGGAAGGUCCUCGCCCGGGCUCCCAGCCCUCCUCACACCCCAGCAGCAGUGCCUCCAGCUCCCCAGCCCCACACCAACACACCCCCGACCGCCUGGUGAUGAAUCCUGUUGACGGAGGCCUCGGGGAGAGAGAGGCUGGGAUCAACAUGAAAAAGAUGUUCAAAGAGAAAGCAGAUGAGGCGCAGCUGGCCCUGCCCAUGAUGAAGCCCGGCUUUGAGAAGAUGCCCCUGGGAGGACAGACCCUGCCUCCAGGCUUCCCUGCCCCCUUCCUCUUCGCCGACGGACUCAACUCCGUGGAGACUCUGCUCACCAACAUCCAGGGCCUGCUGAAGGUAGCGGUGGACAAUGCCCGUGUGCAGGAGAAACAAGUCCAGCAGGAGAGGAAGGAGCUCAAGAUGGAACUCUACAGGGAGAGAGAGAUGAGAGAGAGCCUGGAGAGACAGCUCACCUCCGAACUGCACAGCCGAGCCACCAUCCAGAAGCGCCUGAAGAAGGAGAAGAAGGCUAAGAGGAAACUGCAGGAGGCUCUGGAGUUUGAGUCCAAGCGCCGUGAGCAGGUGGAGCAGGCCCUCAAAACGGCCACCUCCCCAGAGAACCUCUGCAUGAGUCUCAACGAGGCAGUGAUACCAGAGGUUGAGCCGGAGCGUAACGGCAGCCAACAGGAGAACUCGCUGUACAGGAGAACAGACCCUACACCAAGCCUCCAAUAAUGUACUGAGAGAGACCUCCAGCUUCUCUAGACCUGGCCCAGGGCUGUCGCUGCAGGCUUCCCCAGAGACAGAGCCCUUGGCUGGGAGAGGACGAGUGGAGAAGAGGGAUGACUGGAGGGAGGAAUGGAUCCCCAAAACCAUCCCCUGAAACUCAUGUACAGGACUGCAGAGAGGGUGUGGUGGGGUGAGAGGCAACACUGGAGUGCUGCUUAUUGCUGCCCCAUCAUCCCACUUCAGCUACUUGUAAAAAAAAUCCCUCUAUUUUACUUGUUUUGACUACUUUUGUUCUACCCUCUUUGAGAGAAAAAAGUAAGGACCAUUGAAAAUAAAACUGUCUUGGAUUUCUCUCUACUCCCUGUGAAGCACAUACAGAAGCCUAUCCUCCUUCYCUAUCCUAUUUCUCUCCAAGCCGAUUUUCCUCUCGUUAUUAUUAUUGUUAUUAAUUAUUCUCGCUAUUAUUAUUAUUCUCGUUAUUAGUUGUUGAUUCCUCCGAUGCCCCAAUAGCACAAGUCUUGCAGCGCAUAUAUAGGAUCAUAUCUUCCUAAAGCUCAAAAGUCUGAAGGAGGAUAUGAAAUGUCAAAUUCAAGACAAAAAUGUGCUUCUCUUCUUCUAUCCCCUGUUCAUCAUCAAGUUAAAGGGACUCAAAUGGUUUCUGAAUUUCUACGCUUUUCCCCUCUUUUUGUCCGGGGUGGAUGGGGGAGUGGGGGGGGGGUAUUUUUGAAAAAUGUCACUACUGUCUGUUGACUUAGAAAUGUGUCCGCUCCCUGAACUGCAUUGUUCCAGUGUUUAUUUUAAGUGUGUUUUACUCAAAGCUCAGUCUGGAUACAAAGAAAGAGAUAUUGAGUUCUAUCCUAUAGAGCCCUUCCUCCUGUAAAGGUUUCUCUGUUGCUGUGUUCAGUUCAAAGGUUCUAUUGCUGUUAUAAAUACAGUAUUACAGUAACCCCUGUUCUGUUUAUCCCCCCUUCGUUUUUAGACAUGUAAAAAAAAAAAUGCUUUAGCGUUUGCUAUUCUGACGUCGUAAUGAAGUGGAUACAUUUUUAGUGAGAAAAAAAAAAAACGAAAGUAAAAUGAAAUACCCCAAUGCACAUCCGAUGCAAGCAUGCAUGUAGAUACGACACUGGUAAAAAGUUACACUUGCUGGUUUAAAAAAGCUGCCAAUUUAAAUAUAUUUUUAAAGAAUUUUGGGAAUUUCAUUAUUACCAUGAUCACAACCAGGCAGCUAUCUAAAAUUGUUGACCUUGUUUUAAUGAUAAUAGUAUCACAUCACAGCCUUGCACAUAACACAAAAACAAUAAAACAUACUUCUGGACAUCGUGGUAGAUUUGUUUUUUGUUUUUCUGUUUGUUUUUUAGUAAUAAAGUUCUAGAUUCAGAGGUG